AUGUAUGAUCAAAAUCACCACAAUGAUAACUAUAGACCGACGUGGAUGGGCAAUACCAAAUAUAGUAAUGAUUCACCAAAGUAUUGGACAAGUAAGACACAAAAACGUUUAACGAAUGUUUCAUAUAUUACGGGUCCAUCUUCCCAAGAAAAUGAGUAUAAUCAAACUAGAUACAAUCAAAAUCAUCCGAAAACAUUGAAAAAAGAACAGAUGAAACUUAAGAAUGGAAUGUCAUUAUUUUCAACAUUAAAAAUGCAAUUUACUGACUACUGUGAACAUUCUACGCUGCACGGGUUACGAUAUGUUGGAGAUCAAAGAAUGUCUAUAAUUGAAAGAUGUUUUUGGGCUGGUGCUUUUAUUACUGCUGUCUGCGUUGCUGCAUUUUUUAUAAGCAAUAUCUAUAACAAAUGGGAAAAUUCUCCAGUUAUUAUAUCAAUCAGUCCUACAUACACUGAACUGGAUACAAUACCGUUCCCGGCUAUUACAGUUUGUAAUUUAAAUCAAGCCAGAAAAAGCGAGGCAUUAAAUAUUUUAGAAGAAGGAUCAGAGCUUGAAAAACGUUUAUUAGAAGAUUUUUGUAAUUCUAAUAAUUCAUUUGCGGAUGCUGGAUCCCAAGAGACAGAAGUUGAAACUGGUAAUUGGGAAAAUGUGGGGCAAUCAUGUACCGAAAUGUUACACUUAUGCUAUUGGAAAAGUAUAUCAGUGAAAUGUGAAGAUUAUUUCAAUUCGGCCUUAACUGAUGAGGGUCUUUGUUGUUCAUUUAACAAAGUACAUCGUGACUAUCAGUUUCAUUCACCAUCUGAUUAUGGAGACCUAAAUCAAACGUAUGUUUUGGAACCAUAUGUUGAUUGGACCCCAGAACGGGGAUACCAUUCGGAUGAGCCGAUUGAAUCUACACCAAAACGCACAACAGGUGCUGGAACUCAUUUAGGACUGACGUUAAUUUUAGAUGCACAAAUUGAAAACUACUAUUGUUCAUCUACCACAAGCGUUGGAUUUAAGAUAGUACUACAUAGCCCCGUUGAAAAUCCACGCGUGUCUGCGUUUGGAUUUUUAGCAUCGCCAAGUCGUGUUACCAGAGUAUUAAUUAAGCCACAAAUAUCAGAAUCAUCGCCAAAUAUUCGUUCUAUAGAUAUCGCAAAACGGCAAUGUUAUUUUGCAAAUGAACGAAAUCUUACAUUUUACAGAACUUAUACCCAGAAAAAUUGCCAUUUAGAAUGUAUUGCAAAAACUACAUUAAGAAUUUGUAAUUGUGUUCCGUAUCAUUUACCUAAAAAUAAAUCAACACGAAUUUGUAAUCGAAAUAAAGAAGAAUGUACAACUCAAGUGAAAUUAUCUGUUACAGAAAUCUCAAAAAACGAUCAUGAAUGUAAAUGUUUACCGGCAUGUUUCGAAAUUACAUACGAUCGUCAAUCCAGUAAUGCAAUCAUUGAUAGAUCAGUACAAAUUCGUACUGAUUACUUAGCUGGAAAAUCACAAAAAUAUUUUGAGAAAAAUAUGGCUAUUCUAGAAUUUUAUUUCGAGACAAAAACGUUCACUAAAAAUGUCAAAGGUGAAUUGUUUGGUUUCACCGAUUUUUUAUCGAGCACAGGAGGUUUGUUAGGUUUAUUUUUAGGAUUUAGUUUUUUGAGUGCUGUAGAGUUAUUUUAUUAUAUAACAAUUAAAGUAUGUAAAACGAAUCUGCAAAGGAAUAAAGACACUGUUUAUCCAUUUACAAAAUAA